GAUUGGCACUUCAAGUCGCGCGCUCUCUCCCUGGCUUCAUCCGCGAUCCCUUGCUUCUGUUCGUCGUCGGACGGUUCGAGAAACCCGAGGUCGGUCCCAGGAUGAAGGCGAGAGGGCUGCGGAAGGCGCAACCGGCCGGGGAGACGCAGCGGGCGGAAAGUCGGGCUCCCCACCACCUUCCAGCCGGAGGAAAGCCGUGGAGAUCUUCAGGGCUUCGGGACAAUUGCCGGUGAGUCUCUCCCUCCAGAAGUCUUGGGUGGGUUGGGUCCUUAGCGAGACUGUCUUCUUCUCCCUGGGGUCUGAGAUGCAGCUGGGAGACUCCGAGCCGGGGGGGACCUCGACCCUGACCGAGGGUCCUCCGACGACACAGAGGAUGAGUUCUGAAGCAGCCGAGGCCGCCUCUGCCCUCCUCCCCGCUGGACCCCCAGCAGCCGUCGUCCAGUCCAGGAUGGAGAACUUCAGGAAGGUGAAGACCUCCGAGCAAGGCAGCCCCUUGCCUUUCUCCGACUUGCAGCCCCACGUGGUGGAGAUGAAGGUGAAGGAAGGCAGCAAAAUCCGGAACUUGAUGGGCUUCGCCAUGGCCAGGAUGGAGAAGGAGGAGAUCCGUCAGAUUGUCUUCAGUGGCUGCGGGCGGGCGGUGACCAAAACCAUCACCUGCGUGGAGAUCAUGAAGAGGAAGCUGGGAGGUCUCCACCAGGUCACCAAGCUCCAAUACCGGACCUUGGUGGAAGUGUGGGAGAACCAAGGACCCAGGUCGGAAGGACCUCCUGAACAUCUCACGGUCCACAAGAACGUGCCCUCCAUCUAUAUCCUCUUGUCCAAGGACUUGGUGGACCCCAACCAAAUGGGCUACCAAGCUCCCAGCCCUCCUGGCAGCCUCUGGGCUGAGAGCAGGAUCUCCCCGAAGGCAACCAAGAGAAGGUUGCUUGCGCCCCACGAAGAGGACUAGCCCAACCAAACAGCCCCAAAACCAAGAACUCUUGGUGGGGGGGGACGUGACUUGUGGAUUUUGACUUGGUUGUAAUACCUGUGAGGCCCUUCAGCCUUCGGGAAAUGUGAAAAAAUGUGAAAAAAAUAAUAAUCCGAGCCAUAUGCCAGCCUUACCAGGACGAUUGCUUGCGUUUGCAAUUUGCCUUUAGAGACGCUUUUCAAAGAGAAGGUGGGCUGCUUGCAGUAGGGUUGAUGUCACUUGUGUUUAACCCCUUCAGCUUGCACUGAGCUCACAUACAGAAUAACCCAGCUGGAAGGGACCUUGGAGGUUUUCCAGCCCAUCUCCAAGUUCAAGGAAAACAGAGCUUGAGCCAGGGGUGAAAUCCAGCAGGUUCUGACAGGUUCUGGAGAACCGGUAGUGGAAAAACCGGUUGAGUAGUUUGGAGAACCGGCCAAUACCGCCCUUGGCUUGCCCCAGAGUGGGGUUGGAAUGGAGAUUUUGCAGCAUCCUUCCCCUGGAGUGGGGUGGGAAUGGAGAUUUUGCAAUAUCCUUCCCCUGGAGUGGAGUGGGAAUGGGGAUUUUGCAGUAUCCUUCCCCUGGAGUGGGGUGGGAAUGGAGAUUUUGCAGCAUCCUUCCCCUGGAGUGGGGUGGGAAUGGAGAUUUUGCAGUAUCCUUCCCCUGGAGUGGAGUGGGAAUGGGGAUUUUGCAGUAUCCUUCCCCUGGAGUGGAGUGGGAAUGGGGAUUUUGCAGUAUCCUUCCCCUGGAGUGGGGUGGGAAUGGGGAUUUUGCAGUAUCCUUCCCCUGGAGUGGGGUGGGAAUGGGGAUUUUGCAGUAUCCUUCCCCUGGAGUCGGGUGGGAAUGGAAAUUUUGCAAUAUCCUUCCCCUGGAGUGGGGUGGGAAUGGAGAUUUUGCAGUAUCCGUCCCUUGCAGUGGGGUUGGAAUGGAGGUUUUGCAGUAUCCUUACACUGCCAUGCUCACCAAGCCACACCCACCAAGCCACACCACGCCCACCAAGCCACGCCCACAGAACCGGUAGUGAAAAAAAAUUGGAUUUCACCGCUGGCUUGAGCCCAACUGUUAUGUUUUCCCUUAUGUUGACGUGGUGGCCUGAGUGAUUUAGAAGCACAUGGGACUUAUACUACUUUGAUUUGGAUGGUGAAGAAAGCCAAGUGUAGGUGGACCUUGGAUGUGAGA